AUGAACGUGCAGGCACCAAGUGAUACGGUCCUGCAAAAUUCGGCUCAAGGGUUCCUGCAAGGACUUUACCCUCCUGUGGGUUCAACACUGGGCAUCCAGCAGUUGCAUAAUGGGAGCAGUGUUCAGGCUCCAUUAAACGGCUACCAGUUGAUUCCCAUCAGUACAGUCACCUCACUGGCCGGUGGCACUAACUCGGAGAACACUGCUUGGCUUCAAGGUGCCAGUGGUUGUAAUAAUGCUAUCAUCAGCUCCAACAACUAUUUCCUGUCCUCAGACUUCCAAGCCCUUCAGAACAGCACCGCGAGCUUCUACCAAAGCCUUAAUCCCGUUGUUAAUGGAACCUUCACAGCCACAUAUAAUACCUAUAAGAACGCUUACUCUGUCCUCCUUCAACUCCGCACCCUCGCCGACCAUCACGAGUUUAGCCUCGCCUACAAUGCCUCUGACCCCAUCCGUGCCAUCGCUGGCUCUACACUUGCUGGCCAGAUCCUGCAGCAACUGAACAACACCAUUACCACCAAAUCUGCUGUCAAGUUCAACAUCCAAUUCAGCGCCUACGGCACCUUCUCCUCAUUCUUUAGUCUCGCCCAGCUCGCAGCGUUCUCCCCUAAUUUCACUGCAGUUGUUGACUACGCCUCCUCCAUGACUUUCGAGCUGGCCACCAAUGCAACAGUCUCCAACACUUCCUACCCGGCCGUCAACGAAAUAUCUGUCCGCUUUCUCUUCGCUAAUGGCUCUGCUGCACUUAACGGUGUCACUGCCUACCCUCUUUUUGGCCAAUCCUCAACUACUAUUCCCUACAACAGCUUUGCUACCUGGUGCUCUGCUUGUGGAAACAGCACUGAUGUCUGUGCCUCCACGGCCACUUCAUCAUCUUCUUCCUCUUCCAGCAGCUCCUCUGCUGCUGUAGCCACUACCUCCUCGUCCUCAUCUGGUGGCAUGUCCCUUGCCGUUGCAGGUGUCAUUGGUGCCAUGGUCACUCUGGCUGUGAUCCUUGGCCUUGAGGCCCUUAUCCUCUUGCUUGCUGGUCUUCGAGUUGUCAGCAAGAAGGGACUUGGUGCUGCACCUUCACCUGCUGCUGCAAUUCUUGCUAGCCCAGUUAAAGCAUAG